CGUUUUCGGUUCCCUCUCCCACUCUUCGAUCCUUCUGAAUACUCGGCGAUCUCCUUCGAUGGCGAGAUGGUAGGAGCUCCAACGAUACGGCGAUUCUCUCGCUGGCUACCGGAUCCUCGUCGCCGGCUCCGUCGUUUCCUGUAACGCGCCGGGGAGCGGCAACACCUUGCAGCGCCAGGUGGCUGCCAAUUUCUCUGCUGCUACUGAUUUCAAGCUUAUGCAUCUCGUGACCUGCGGAGCCAUGCUUGGUUCUGUACCGCAACUUUUUUCUAACGCCUUUAACUGGUCGAAGGAGAGAAAUCAUUCGAUCAUCCAGCAGAGAUUAUUGGCCACCGAGGGUUGCCUUGCAUCAAUCUCCUCGCACAGUAUCAACCUGUGAUGGCUAUGCAGUAAUGGCUUAUAUCAAGUCAUUGCCAAAGUUUUCUUCCCAACAAUUAAGCUAAAUGCAAGGAAUUGUUGUCAAGUCAAUUGACGAGAGGGAAAGGGUGCGAAGCCCACUGGAACCUGAAGACCCCACCAGACCACCCCUUCGGGAGCCAAAUGGUCGCGCAGGCCGCUUAAACAAAGUGCAAUAUGCACAACAGUACCGAUCAAAUGGUAACUUCUUUAUGGCCCAAAGUAAAGCUUCUAAGAUGGAGCUUUGGAAGUUGCGUGUUUCAUCACCCCUACUAUAUUAGCCCUCCCUUCCACCAACAUGAACCACUCCUCUCUCCCUCCGCUCCUCUCGCACAGCUGCAACACGAGCGUCGUCGCCAUGCCCCACUCCUCCCCCAAGCCUUCCCCUCCUCUCCACCGCAUCGGCGGCAAGCCGGUCCUGGGGGCGGGGGCAUCGGCGGCCGCAGGCGUACCCGUUCGGUGCAUCGGCCAUGGCGUCCCCGCCGUGGUGUCGCGACAUCACGAGCACGCGGUGGAAGCCCACCAGUGCUGCUCGGCCUUGGUGCAGCACGUCGCGGCGCCGGUGGCCAUGGUGUGGUCGGUGGUGCGCCGCUUCGACCAGCCGCAGACCUACAAGCACUUCGUGAAGAGCUGCCACGUGAUCGACGGCGACGGUGACGUCGGCACCCUUCGGGAGGUCCGCAUCGUGUCCGGCCUGCCGGCGGCGACCAGCCGGGAGCGCCUCGAGAUCCUCGACGACGAGCGCCACGUGCUCAGCUUCCGGGUGGUCGGCGGGGAGCACCGCCUCGCCAACUACCGCUCCGUCACAACCCUCCACCCGGAGGCCGAGGGGUGCACGGUGGUGGUGGAGUCGUACGUGGUGGACGUGCCGGCGGGGAACACCAGGGAGGACACGCGCGUCUUCGUCGACACCAUCAUCCGGUGCAAUCUCCAGUCCCUGGCGCGCACAGCCGAGAACCUGGCCAAGUAAUUUCCCACCCAAUCCAACCCUGUGGCUGCCCAUCUUCUAAGCUUCCACCGCCACCACCCCUCUUGCAUGCCCACUCGGAAGCAGACGACGACAUCUCAGAACAACUGCUGAGCCCGGCAACAUCGGGAAAUUUUGAGGAAAGAGAAAAGAAGAGAGAAACUCUUCCAACUCGUUCCUAUCUCUUGUUUUGUCUUCUUUGUUUCGGUCACAUGAACCCUUGCGGAUAAAUGCUAUGUAGUUCUGUCUAUACAUAAACCCUCCAAGAAAGCAAAACAGAUGUUUCUUGGAAUGCUAGCUAGCUUUAUUUACCUUAGUCUC